GGAAGACAGAGCCCGAAAACACGAAUUAAAACCUCUCAAGAAGUAUCAAAAAUUUACUUUUAAAAGUUUCGUGUUAUGAGUAAGGCUUAGGUCGGCAUGUGUUAACAUCUUACAGAGCAGCAGCAGCAACUUUGGCUAUUUUCUUACCCCUUCAAUAAGGAAUUACAGCCACUUCUUUUUUUUUUGGGAGGAUGUCAACCCCAAGCAACUCGCUCCAGCAGCCCAGGGUGAGACGCAGCAAUGCGGGCUCCCCCGGCAGCUGCCGUCUGCUCCCCAUCCGUGCCACCGUGCCCUACCAGCUCCGUGCACAGACCCUGUAUGGAGGAGCCACGACCAGCCGAGGCUCAAGCCCCCCAUCUAGCCCGACACUCAGUUCAGGAAGUGCAAACGCUAAGCAGAGACUUUCCCCUGAAAGUAAGGACUCCUCCUGUCCCCCAGACUCGCCAGUUUCCAGAGCAGCAGAAAGGUCCAAGCUACAGGUGCGGAGUUCCAGUGCCAUCCGAAGGACGUCUUCCCUGGAUGCCAUCACAGGGCCGUAUCUCACCGGGCAGUGGCCUCGGGACGCUCAUGGACCCUAUCCUUCUUCUAUGAAAGACAAAGCCACACAGACUCCAGGUCUCUGGAUUGAUGAGGGAGCAGAACAGGGAAGUCCUCACCAGAGAUCAGCCUCCUGGGGCAGCGCAGACCAUCUUAAAGAGCAGAUUGCUAAACUGAGACUGCAGCUGCAGCGCAGCAAACAGGUCAGCCGGCAGAGCAAAGACAGAGAGCAGAGCUCACUGCAGCUGCCGCAACAGGCACAGCAUGGCACUGCAUGCCAACCUCAGUACAAGGGAACUUCAUCAGCCUUAUCGACAAUCCCGGUGCCAAAAUCCCUCAUAUCCAGAGUGCCGAGCAGCGUGGAAGGCAUCAGCCACGAGCUAGAAAAUGUGUUUAUCAGAGAAAACUGGGAGCAGGGGAUACAGGCCAUGGAUGCGGUGGAUGGCCGUCGCGCCCCCUUCCCUCCGCAUCGCUACAGCAACAGCGGGGACACACGUGACACGGAUACCCAGGCCCCCUCCAGCGGUGACUCGAGCCCGUCGCCCCGCCCCUGCAGCCCCGACCACCUCCACUCCCCCGAUGGAAGCCCCUGUUCUGCAGAAGACAUCGACAAAGACAAUGUGUGCAGUUCUCCUCUCCCAAAGUUUGCCACCUCCCCCAAACCUAACAACAGCUACAUGUUCAAACGGGAACCUCCAGAGGGCUGCGAGAGGGUCAAAGUGUUUGAGGAGUUGGUGUCGGGCAAAUCAAAAGGCUUCCCUCUCUUCUCGUGCCCCGACAAAAACAAGGUGAACUUCAUUCCCAGGGGCUCUGCCUUCUGCCCCGUCAAACUCCUCUGCUCCUCCCUUUUCUCCCCCGUCUCACCUUCGUCCUCCUGCUCCUCUGUCGUCAACCCCGGUCUCCACGGCAACGACAGCCAGGGGCCUCAGGUGACAUCGACUCUGCCCACCGCAUCGCCACCGCCUCCGCCGCCACCUACCUUUCCGGCCUCCACUGACCGCUGGAGCAACGACACAAGCACAGCAGGCGUAAACACAAACAGCAGCCAGAGCCCUGACGCAGAUGUGGGGAAAGAUGCCUCAGCACAAGUACUCCUUACCAGCUAGUCCUCAGGUAUAUAAACACGACCACGCCGAGCUUAAGUAUUUCAACGAGCCAGGUGGUGUGGUUUUAAAACAAAAACUUAAAAAUUGUAAAAAAAAAAAAAAAAAAAAAAAAAAAAGUCCUUGCACUCCGUUAAUCCUAACGUUAGCCAGCAGGGAGUGCCCAAGGUCUAGAAAUGACACACUGGGGAGGACAGUGGUACCAGUAAACCUGCUGCUCGGCCCCAGUGUUUGUCCCACUGAACUCGGAUGAUUUAUCAAGGAAACCUUUUUUUUUUUUGGUCAAACGUUUGUUAAGAUUAGACCUUGGGCACGGCCUCUCUUCACCCAUCACUAACCUAGCCUUCUCCUCUGUACCGUCACAACAACCAUAAGAGAAAUAGCUUUUGCUUUUGUUAUUGCAACAACAAAAAAACAACAACAAAAAAACCCAACAAAAAAUAAGAAAUGACUGCUCAAAUUAUUGUUACGUAGCGCCAGAAGUUUUGUCGAGAUGAUGAAAUCAGAAAGGAAAAAAACUAAAUCCAAAACUGAGAUAUCAGAGAUACUUUCUACUCAUGAUAUCACAGCAGCUUGUUAGCUGUUCAGUGUUCAGCGAGCAAAUGUCUAAAGGUCUUUUACAGGAUGGAAAAAUGAUUGUUUCACAUUUAUUACACAGAUGUCUUACAGUCAGAACGCUAUUGCCCCACAUUUAACCACAUUGUUUGCACUUGUUACGACCUGGCUCACAUCGAUACCGGCCGUGGCCUAUUUUUUGUUUAUUUUAAAAGUACUACACACUGUCUAUGUGAAAACCAGCAGUCGUUAAGAGUGCAGGCUCCACCCAAAAGGCCGACAAGCCAAGACCUAGAUCUGCAUUUCUUGCCUGAUCACUUUAAAACUCUGUUAGCUCAACACAAAAUGCAAAUAUCAGCUGUUUUUAUUCAGUGACCAAAUAACCAAUCGCUAAGCACACAACUCCCCCAUCGCCUUGUUUUAUUGCCCCACACUACCCAGAACAAUAACUCAGGUCAUGUGGAAUGUACUUGUUUGGACUAUGUUGCCUUUCCCCAGUGUUUAUGACUUUCUGCUACAGAGAGACAUCCCAAGUCUUUCUCAGAAGUUCUUUUUCCCUUGGAGAGGGAGGAUAUUACAGACUGAAUCAACUGAUUGAUGUCACAGAUUGUGACCGAUUUAUUUUUUGCAUUAACCUCUUCAGGUUGAGAGUUUGAGGUGCUACGACACAUUCCAGAGAUCGCUGUUGGGUCGGUCGACAGCGAGCGCUCAUGUAAAUGGAACUAGCUACAUAAACUACACCCUCCCAAAUUAGGAAGUUGACAAUUAUGUUGUCCGUUACCCCCUUAAAUAUGUACCAAAGCAAAUUACAAAACGAUGAAAGGCCCAUCAUGUAUUUGGGACAUGAGAGGCACGUUUUUUGUGCCAGAAGCAUAAUGUUUAUGUGUGUUUUUGUUUUGUUUAGAAACAGUUCGACGACAGAUAAACACUGGUUCAUAGUGUUUUAAAUACAGGCGCUAAUUGCUAAACUAAGCCUAAGCACUUACUUGGAAGUGAGAUGAUAAUCGCUGUUUUUAUUUUAGACCAAUUUGUAAGUUAAAACAAUCAGAACUUGAGUGUGCAAUCAUUUUUUGUUUGAGGUAAAGCUACACUAACAUUUAUUGUGUAACACAGUUUUGUUCAGCAUUCAUAUUCGAGCAGCUGUGUCUUGACACCACCUGCACAAGUUUUAUCACCACAUGUUUAAAGAAAAAAACAUUGAACACUUGAUUUUGAAUGACAGAUUUAAACUAGUUAAUGUUUCAUUCCAAAAAAACGUUGGUGUAUCAAGCCACUUGCACACAGAAGCACAAAUAUGAACAAUGUAUGCAACGCAUUCCACACAGAUUGAGUUGAAAUACUCUGCUCUGCUUUCAGCUCUGAGAGUUUCAAUCAUACUUAUUCUGAUUUAAUCACAUGUGCAUUGCAGUUAAGACGAAAUAAAUGGUUGCCAUGUUUGGCAGUAAUGAUUCAGUUCUCCUGUGUAUUACGCAUUUUUAUGUAGAUCUUGUGUGUGUUUUUCAAUAAA